GUGUGUGCGCAGAAUCUCGCGAGAACUGUGUGGACCACAGAAACGUUGCUGUGUCAACACCCCGGUCGCGCGCCGCGCACAUCACUCCUCAGCUGACGCCGCCUGCUUUCAUGGAGAAAUUCAUACUCCUCCGAUAAGGUUAUGAUGCAUCCUUUCUGGGUUGUCUGCUGUGACUUAAGGUGAAAUGGCACUUUCCCAGACAAAAUCAACCAAAAUGGGAAUGUCGAGACUGUUACGCAUUUUUGUGUUUGUUGGUGCAGUCUUCAUGAUCCUUCUUAUAAUCAUAUACUGGGAUGAGGUGGGGGCCACCAAUUUUUACCUCCACGCAACAAUCUCUGGGCCUCACCCGUCGCGCCUUACUCCACAUAGGCGUUCUGAUCCCGAAAAGAAAGCGGAUGAGGACAAAGAGAACUCAUUUUUGACAGACAUAGAUGCUUUUGUCAACCAAUUUUUGGAGGGAACCGUUGACCCGACAGAGCAGGUGCGAGGAGAACCACCCCCUGGCGAGGCUCACAAUCAAUCCUCGGAAAAAUCAGAGGAAAAGUUUGUUCCUAGACGAGAGUGGAAGAUCCAUCUGACCCCGAUAGACCCAGAGAUGAAACAGAGGCAGGAGAAUCGGAAGCAGCUGGUUCAGGAUUUUUGCAGUAACAGAAGUCUCUUCGACUUCCCGGGAAAGUACAGGAAUUUUGAUGACAUACCCAAUAAAGAACUAGAUCACCUGAUAGUAGAUGACAGACACGGGAUCAUUUACUGUUACGUUCCGAAGGUGGCCUGCUCGAACUGGAAGCGCAUAAUGAUCGUGCUGAGCGAGAGUCUGUUAUUAGAUGGCGUUCCCUACCAAAACCCACUAGAUGUUCCUCAAGACCUCGUCCAUAACAGUAGCUUGCACUUCACGUUCAACAAGUUCUGGAAGCGCUACGGAAAGUUCUCGCGUCACCUCAUGAAAAUCAAGCUUAAGAAAUACACCAAGUUUUUGUUUGUGAGGGAUCCGUUUGUGAGACUUAUCUCCGCGUAUCGCAACAAAUUUGAACAACCUAAUGAGGACUUCUACAGGAGAUUCGCAGUUGUCAUGCUGAAAAGGUACAGCCAAUACACCAAUCCACCAGUGUCAGUGGUGAACGCUUUUGCAGACGGGAUUCGACCAUCUUUCAAAAACUUCAUUCAAUAUUUAUUAGAUCCCCAAACCGAGAAAGACACACCUUUCAACGAGCACUGGAAACAAAUUUAUCGUCUGUGCCAUCCCUGCCAGAUUAAUUAUGAUUUUGUAGGAAAGUUGGAGACUUUGGAUGAGGAUGCUGAGCAUUUGUUACGGAUUCUUCGUGUAGAUAACGUUGUUGAGUUCCCUCCAAGUCAUCGCAAUCGAACGGUUAGUAGUUGGGAACAGGAUUGGUUUGCCAAAAUACCAUUGGAAUCUAGAAAUGAGCUGUACAGACUCUAUGAGGCUGACUUUAAACUAUUUGGAUAUUCCAAACCAGACAAGCUGUUAAAUGAAUAAUGUUUUUGUCAUGAUCUACUUCUGGAAUGCUGAAAACAUUUACACAGUACAAGAACACCAAUAAGUGUUCCUCCUGCCUGAAUUUUAACUUGGAGAUCUAUAGAUGAUCACCAUAAAGACCUCACACUUAAAAAUUGACUCAAUACUUGACUUGGACUGUAGUAUUAUUUGUUAUGCAACAGGGUUUACAAAAGCAACCUGUAGCAUAUUAAAAACCUUUACAGACUUCAACUCAACAUAUGACUUGACUUGGACCUGGCCUUGUAAGACACGAGACCUGAAAAGAUACAUGUCUGCCUUUUAUUGGAAGAGUCACGUGCCCCUUCAACGUGAAAGCAUUGUAGAUAGUAUCGCAGAUCAGAUGUGACAGAAUUGAAUGGCACUUCAAACAGACCAGCAUCAAACGGGGCCAAACGUGAUAUUAGGUUAUGCUAAUGUUCAACCUGUGCUAUAGGAAACACUGUAGAUUAAUAGGAGUACAUUGAGAAUGCUGACAUGGCUCAUGUGAAAAGGCUUUGGGGAUGAUUGUGCAGCCUUUGGGCAUUUAAAGUGACAGUAGUAAAUAUACAUCACUUUACACACAUUUUAUGCUUUAAUAAUCGCACAGUCUGUUUUUUUAUGCACGGCCAAACAUACAGCCUUGCAAAUGAUAGUUUAUUUGACUCGUACAUGUACACAGAUGUUUGAUGCAUGCACACCGCUGCAAAAGUCUGGCGGUGCGCGUACGCGUAAAAAUGGACCAUACUUCGGACUUACACUUACUCAUCCCCUUUCCCAAAUAUGUGUUACUGGCAUUUCUGUUGGCCUACAUUUCGAAAUAAGACAUUUUGAUAUUUACUUAUUCACUCAAAACCUGCACAAUUUUCAGUUUUGUUUAAGAUACUGAGCAGUGUUUGAAAAACAGAUUUAUCUGUGAUUUAAUCUAUAACCUCUUUUCAUUGAGUAUAAAGGUGAAAAUUAAUUAUAAUUCCAGCAAGUGAGUUUUUUCCCCUUAGUUUUUGGUAUAUUUGUAAGCUAAUAAUGCAUCACCAGACUAAAAUAUUUAGAGAAAUCUAAAAAUGUAUAGUACAUUUAGGAAGUGCACACACAGAGUAUUUUAGAGUAUUUUUGUAACGGUUUACAAUUAAAUGUGAAAAGUAAAGGAAUUUUGUCCUUAAAAGUGUCAAAUUUUACACACUUUAUUUUUCAAUCCUAAAGGAAACUUCUGCUCUUAUACAGGAGUUUCUUUCAUUUUUAAGGCAUGUGCUUUAUGUUGUAUUUUUUUUUUGUUUUGAGUGGAUGUUAUUAACUUUAGUUCAGAGUUGUUUACUGCCAGUGCUCAACAGUGAAGCACAAAACUGGCACAAAAUAAAAUUAUAAUGCUAAUGAGUUGUAAAAUAACAAAUAUUUCUCUAUAACAGAGAAUAUAUUACAGACAGAAGAGUCAGUAUUCAGAAUGUGGCCUGUUCUCGUUUUGAUUCUUUCAUCAGUUUUAUUCUUAUAUUAGGGUGUAGCGGGUUGAGCCCUCUGUUCUGCAGCAUGCUACAGCAUGUGUGCCUUGCAGUCCUUUUCAUAAAUAUGCAUCACUUACAAGUAGCAAAAAAAAGAAAAAAAUGCUGGUUGGCUUUGAGUGUAAAAUAAUGGCCUUGUUUGCAUAUUGUUUAAAAUAUAAUUGUGUGCACAUUGAGUUUUUUUUCUAAUUUAGCUAGAGAGUUGAUCUAAAUAUUGCUUUAGUAAGAUGGAGCACAAAUGUCAAUGUAGUUUUUAGUUCUGUUAUCAGCAUUUUUUACAUUUGAGAUAAAGGAUUUUAUUUGCAGAGAAGAUAUUUCUUUCCCUUUACAACAUGCUCUUUGGUGCACUUUACACAUUUCGAUCAGAUGUAUAAAAGAGAUCUUUAGGUCAAAGAGAGAUGUGAGGAUGAAGUGUCUGUGGAUUUGAUUGUAGAUUGUAAUAGGAAAUACUGUGGAGCACAAGUGUAGCGUGAUUGUAGUGAUGGACCAGAGGGAACAUCAUGCCCCAGUUUAGCCAGCCCUCAAGGGAUGCCACCGUUCUCCAGUCACUGCACUGAUGAGCCCAUUUGGUAGCAGUGCCUUUGGAAAAAAGUUUACAAAAAAGUUAUUUUUCUAUGUGGGUCAAUCACAAUAAAAAGGAAAACUUGUAUUAGUACAUUCAUUGUUUUGCAUUGUAGCCAGGUUAAUGGCGGUAUAAAGGGAUAGUUCACCCAAAAAGGAAAAUGAUCUUAUCAUUUACUCCCUAUCAUGUUGUUACAAACAUGUAUACAUUUCCGAUGAACUUGAAGGAAGAUAUUUUAUGGAAUGUUUAUAAAUCUGCAUUCAAUUCCAUAGUAUUCUUUUUUCCCACUGUGGAAGUGAAUGGGGCUCAUGUUCAGUUUGGUAACAAACAUUUCUCAAAAUAUCCUUUGUGUUCAUUAGAACAACGAAAUGUAUACAGGUUUGUAACAACAUGAGAGUGAGAAAAUUAUGACAGAAUUUUCAUUUUUGCGUGAACUAUCCCUUUAAAUUUGUUCAACAUUUGUGCAGUAUUUUGCCUAUGCGGUUUGUUUCAAAAUGAUCAUUUUUGUGUAUUGUUGGUGCCACAAUGUACAAAGAAAGGUGUUAUAUUGUCAUGAUGCCAAUGUUAUUCUUUCACUUUGUGUACUUUUAAAUCAUAGGAAUUUCUUAUUUGCAUGAAAUGUUUUUUAAGAGUAUUUCCUGGAAACAAAAGGGAAACAUUUGUUAUGUACAUCAGGUCUUAGCUUGUGUUCUUGACAUUAGUUUACUUUAUUUGGCAAUGUAGAUAGCGUUUGUAUUUAUUAUGGUAUUAUUUAAUGCUUCAGUUUCAAAAUAAAAACUCAAUAAAGUUGCAAUGCAUGGUGUAAACACUGUAA